GUUAACAGCUGUCCUACCCCUCAGAGAAGCAGCACUGAAGAAAGGAGAAAGGUUGGUCCCUCUCUCACUGGUCAGAGCUGCUGACAUUUCAUCUGGGCCCCUCAACCCUUGGUGUGGACAUACAGGCAGGUCAGUGAGGCUUACAGGCUCUCAUGGCGACCAGUGGGGACCCAGAGGAGGAGCAGGUGGUCCCAAGCGAGGAGGAUGGAUCCGACGUGAGGGCAGUGCAGGCCCGGUACCUCCGGAGCCCCUCCCCCAGCCAGUACUCGAUGGUCUCAGAUGCAGAAACAGAAAGCAUUUUCAUGGAGCCCAUUCACCUCUCCUCAGCCGUUGCUGCCAAACAGAUCAUCAAUGAGGAACUCAAGCCACGGGGGGUCCGAGAAGACACGGAGUGUCCAGGCAUGCUGGAGUCUGCCGAGCAGCUGCUGGUGGAGGACCUGUACAACCGUGUCAGGGAGAAGAUGGAUGACACCAGCCUGUACAACACCCCUUGUGUCCUGGACCUCCAGCGGGCCCUGGCCCAGGACCGCCAAGAGGCCCCCUGGAACGAGGUGGAUGAGGUCUGGCCCAAUGUCUUCAUAGCUGAAAAGAGCGUGGCUGUGAACAAGGGGAGGCUGAAGAGGCUGGGGAUUACCCACAUCCUGAAUGCUGCUCAUGGCACCGGCGUUUACACGGGCCCCGAAUUCUACACGGGCCUGGAGAUCCAGUACCUGGGUGUAGAGGUGGAUGACUUUCCCGAGGUGGACAUCUCCCAGCAUUUCCGGAAGGCUGCCGAGUUCCUCGAUGAAGCACUGCUGACCUAUAGAGGGAAAGUCCUGGUCAGUAGCGAGAUGGGCAUCAGCCGGUCAGCGGUGCUGGUGGCCGCCUACCUGAUGAUCUUCCACAACAAGACCAUCCUGGAGGCCCUGAUGACGCUGCGCAAGAAGCGGCCCAUCUACCCCAAUGACGGCUUCGUGAAGCAGCUGCGGGAGCUCAACGAGAAGCUGAUGGAGGACAGAGAAGAGGACCGUGGCGGGGAGGGGCCGACGGCCGAGGCGCAGCAGGGCGAGGGCGCGGGGAGCACGCGUGGCGCCGGGGUGCGCGCCCUGACGGUGCAGGGGGACGGCGACACCGCCAGCCACCUGAGCGGCUCCUCCGGGGGGAAGGCCAGCCGGGCCUCCGAGCCCCUCACGCUCACUGACGACGAGGAGGAGCAGACGCUGGACGAGGAGUGGAAGAAGGGACAGGGCCUCCGCCCAGGCCGGGGCCCCCACGGUCGAGCCUCCUCUGGCCAGCGUGGGGAGGAGCCGGGGGACCGGGACGUGGACAGGAUCGUCCAGGAGUGGCAGAGCCGGAACGAGCGGUACCAAGCCGCAGCGUACUGGAGGGAGUCUGGGGAGCAGGAAGCGGAGGAGGCGAGCGGGGCCGCCUCGCCCCUGGGGAGCCGGCGGAGGCGCACCUCGAGUGACAGCAGCCCCGCCGAGAGCGUGAGCAGCCGGGACAUCCGCGACCUGAAGCGGCAGCUGGAGAGGAGCUGUGAGCGCCGCGGUGGCAGACGCCGCGCCGACUCCGUGUCCACGGAGAGCACCUGGGACGUGUGGAACGAGAGGCUGCUGGAGAUCGAGAGGGAAGCUUCCCGGAGGUACCGCUCCAGGAGCAAGGCAGAGGAGGCGGACGCCAGCCCGGAGGCGGGCGGCAGGAGGCGGGACGACGACGAGGCGAGUGUGUCCUCGGAAGCCAGCUCCUUCUACAACUUCUGCAGCAGGAACAGGGACAGACUCACUGCCCUGGAACGCUGGAAGAUCAAGAGAAUCCAAUUUGGAUUCCACAAGAAAGACUCGGAGGCAGGAGACAGAGGCGGCGGUGAGCAGGGCGCAGAGGAGGCUGCCGCGGAGGAGAACCCCUCCGACGUCAGCCUCGCGGCCUACCAGGCCUGGAAGCUGGGACACCAGAAGAAGGUGGGCAGUGAGAACAAGGAGGAGGUGGCGGAGCUCAGCAAGGGAGAGGACUCGGCCUUGGCCAAGAAGAGGCAGCGGAGACUGGAGCUGCUGGAGAGGAGCCGGCAGACGCUGGAGGAGAGCCAGUCCAUGGGAAGCUGGGGGGCGGACAGCUCUGCUGCCAGCGGCAGCAUCCCCCUGGCUGCGCUCUGGUCUGCAGCCCCCUCGGUCAGUGCCGAUGGGGACACGGCAUCAGUACUCAGCACUCAGGACCGCCGCUCCCACCUGUCUCAGGCUGCAAGCAGCAUAGGGGGAUGCUCGGCCCCCAAGCCCACCACACCCCUGCCUGACCUGCCAGUGGGGCCUGGAGACACCAUUUCCAUUGCCAGUAUCCAGAACUGGAUUGCCAGUGUAGUCAGUGAGACCCUCGCUCAGAAGCAAAAUGAGAUGCUGCUGUUGUCCCGUUCGCCAUCCGUUGUAAGCAUGAAGGCAGCGCCAGCGGCCAGCAGCCUGGGGGAUGACCAAGUUUCCAUGCUCAGUGGACAGAGCACCUCCUUCCUGGGUGGCUGCCUGCCGCCUCCGAGCCAGGCAAGAGCCAGCUCCGACACGCAGUCUGUGCUGUCCUCCAGCAGCAUGCUGAGCUCGAGAGCCGAAGGUACUGGGAGCAAAGCGAGGGGGACCAGCAAGCCCAUUUACAGCCUGUUUGCUGACAACGUGGACCUAAAGGAGCUCGGCCGGAAGGAGAGGGAGAUGCAGGUGGAGCUGAGGGAGAAGAUGUCCGAGUACAAAAUGGAGAAGCUGGCGUCAGACAACAAACGCAGCUCCCUUUUCAAGAAGAAGAAAGUCAAGGAAGGUGAGGACGAUGGCGUGGGUGAGAGGGACGAGGACACUGACAGUGCCAUAGGGAGCCUCCGAUAUUCUUCCCGCAGUAAUUCCCAAAAACCUGAAACAGACACCUCCUCCUCCCUGGCUGUCUCUGAUCACUGCGCAAGUGGCAGCCGAGUUGGCAAGGAGAUGGACAGCAGCAUUAGCAAGUGGCUCAGUGGCAUCAGGACAGAGGAAAGAGCACCUCCCCAAAGUGACUGGUCCGGAAGCUCCAGGGGGAAGUACACCAGAUCGUCCCUGCUCCGGGAGACAGAGUCUAAAUCCUCCAGUUACAAGUUCUCCAAAUCCCAGUCAGAGGAGCAGGACACCUCCUCCUACCACGAGGGAAAUGGCAGCUCUGUGAGAAGCACUUCACGGUUCUCUUCUUCCUCCACCAGGGAGGGCAGAGAGGUGCACAAGUUCUCCAGGUCUACAUUCACUGAGACCUCAAACUCCCAAGAGGAAAGCCCAGAGCCCUACUUCUUCCGCCGGACCCCCGAGUCCUCCGAUGGGGAAGAGUCCCCCGAGCCACAGCGCCCAAACUGGGCCAGGCCUAGGGACUGGGAAGAUGUGGAAGAGUCAUCCAAGUCAGACUUCUCUGAAUUUGGAGCUAAGAGGAAAUUCACCCAGAGCUUCAUGAGGUCUGAGGAGGAGGGAGAGAAAGAGAGGACAGAAAACAGAGAAGAAGGGAGGUUUGCAUCUGGGCGGCGGUCUCAGUACCGGAGAAGCACGGACAGGGAGGAAGAGGAAGAAAUGGACGAUGAGGCCAUCAUUGCUGCUUGGAGACGCCGGCAAGAAGAAACCAGGACUAAGCUACAGAGAAGGAGGGAGGACUAGGCUGGGCAAGGCGGACCCAUGAGAGACGGAGACCCAGGGAGGAGGCAUUCAAUUUAGCCCAGGACUCAGGGCACACAUUGCCACCACCUGUCAAGGAAUGAGGAUGUGCAGAGGAUCUUCUGCGGGAUGGGGAGCACCAAACAGAAGGGCACUGGAAAUGAAGCAGGGAGGAAGAGAGCCACCAGUGUGAGGUCCGAAGCUGGACUAGCUGCCCCAUUUUCUGUUGCCCAAUACACACUAAGCUUUGGUGCUUCCCUUAUGUAUUUGCUAGUGUUUGUCACAGCCUAGAGAGGUGAGCUUGCAAAGGCACUGUAGUUUGUCGAAGACUCCAGCCCAGAUCCAGGAAGGCUGUGAAAGCAGGCCAUGGUUCUGUUUGUAGAGGUUUUAUAAUGAGACCCAGGAAAUCUAUCCUGUGGCAAGCCUGACCUCUCCCGGCAAUGCUCUGUUUGUUCCUUUUUAAUGUUUCAGAUCUCUAUUAAACUGGUAUGUUGUCAAAUA